UCAUGCGAUCAGACGUAAUUUUAUUUGAUUAUCCACAGAUUGUCACGAUUAUUUUCAUUACAUUUGAUAUCGAAACGAUUUUAUCGGAUUUUAUCAUUUUUCCAAGUUUUGGUCAGGUUUUGCCGAUUUUAUGCUUUCCAUUUUCAUCAAAAUCUAUCAAAAUGGCAAAAAUCCGAAAUAAUCCGAAAAAAUCGAAUAAAAUUAAAAAACCGACCGAAAAUCGCCCAAUGCAGGUUAAAAUCGCUCAAAAACCGUUUCGACGUCGCGACGCCGCUCAAUGAGUUUGACAGCUGCGUCAGUCCUUCAGAUGUUAAAUCAAAACAAGUUGUGUGUCGAAUCCACAGUUUUAAUAUCAACUGCUAUGGACUAUCUCGGGAAUGAAGGCCAAACGAAACCGAGUGGAGGACGUUUUGAGGCGCAAAACCCGGAAUUUGUGGCAGCGGUUCGGAUCGGCGCUGGAGAUGGAACAGCGAUGGUCAAGUUAGCAAUAUUCAUCGACAGAUAUGUUGAACUUGGUGUAAAACUGCCAAUAAAGGAUAACCAGGCAAACCAGAAGAGGCCUCAGCUGGAUGCUGCAUAAUUAUUUCGGGCAUCGGCUACACAGCCAGCUAGCCGGCAUUAGGAAUGGAUUUGAUCAGAGUGUG